GUACUCGGACUUCUUCAUAUGUCAUUUAAAUUUCGAUCAAUCCACUUCGGUUGAUUUUCGUUUCGUUUGGCUUUGCUUUUCGCACGGAGCAUUUUUUUUUAAAUUUUGUGUUAGUGACAAUGUUGAUGAGAAGGACGAUUUUCUUGGUCAAAAACUACACGGAAUUUAUUUUCUGAAAAGUGCCUUAGUUUCCUAACCGGAGCAGAAGAUAUUCAAAGUUAUCCCACGAAAUCCAAGUCACAAAAUGAGGGACCUUAUCAAAGGAUUUAAGAGCUUAGUGACAGAAAAUUUUGAUCGUGAGGUAGAUGAAGAGCGUGGACCACUUCUCAGCUCUACUGCUUCAUCCAUCAAGAGCUAUGGGACCGUGUUCGGUGUUUCGGACACAGAACAGUCGUACAAUGGGAGCUGCGAUGAGAAGAUGACAAAAUCGAAGAGUAUAAUGCCAAUUUCCACCAAGAUCUUGAAGAAGCAGCUGUCCAAAAAAUAUUCUCUCGACUUGUACCCUAGCCAGAUCUUAGAUGCCUACCUCAGUAAAGAUAUAUUAUCGGAUAAUCUGUCGACCAAAAAAAGAGCUCACUCCCCUUUUCCUGAUUCUGAGGAAAAGAAGGAAGAAGAAAAGAAGAAUUCAUCAGUAGUGACAAUAUUUGCAGUAUGGAACACCAUGCUUGGUUCCUCCCUGCUGGCAAUCUCUUGGGGAAUAGAGAAGACCGGUCUAUUCCCGGGCAUUAUCCUCAAUUUCCUCAUUGGGGCGAUCUGUCUAUACACCGCUUAUCUUCUGCUUCGCGUUAAUGAGAAACACAGUGUUAUUGGAGAAAGAUGUGAGGUACCGGAAUUGUGCAGGAUGCUUCUUGGCCGAUGGGCCGAAGUGCUUGCGAAAGUAUUUUCUAUGAUAGUAUUAUUUGGUGCAAAUAUCGUGUAUUGGAUCUUGAUGUCUAACUUCUUGUAUAAUCUGGUUUAUUCCAUACACGGUUUUAUUUACGAUAGUCAAGAACAUGACAACAUAUCUGUGAUAUGCCCGAAAGAGCAACAUCCUGUCAACGUGACUGCCAUAACAAAUACCGCUAUUGACGUAGGGGGGCCUUUUUAUUUCGACAAGUACUGGAACUUGUACUCGACCGUGCCUGUUAUCUUGGCGUUCAUCAUUUUCCCCCUGCUCAACUUCAAAAACGCCCAGAUAUUCAUGAGAUUUAAUAGUUUGGGCACCAUCAGUAUUGUUUAUCUGAUAGGCUUCUCUUUCGUUAAGUUCUUCACUUGGGGUAUUAAUUGGCCCGACGUUUCUGUGGUAUUUUCCUUGAAGCCUACGUUUGCAGCCCUAAGUGGCAUGCUGACCAUGAGCUAUUUUAUUCACAACAUUAUUAUUUCCAUGAUGAAGAAUAACAGGCACCAAGAAAACAACGGAAGAGAUUUAACAAUAGCUUUCGCUCUAGUGACUUUUACGUAUUCAGCUAUUGGUGGACUUUUGUAUAUUUCAUUUCCACUGUCGAAAUGGUGUAUAGAAGAUAACAUCUUAAACAACUUUGGAAAGUUUGACAAGCUGGUAUUGUUCGGGAGGGCACUUUUGUUCUUCCAGCUCAGUACAGUGUUUCCACUUCUUGCUUAUAUGUUACGUAAAGACAUAUUCUCGUAUUUGAGUUUUUUGAAGGAGGAUGAGAAGAAGUUCAGAUACAUACCAGUGAUCAUCAUGAAUGCUAUACUUGUCGUCAUUUGUAUAUUGUUUGCAUGUUUCAUACCUCGUAUUGGUACAAUUAUAAGGUAUAUCGGAGCUCUCAGUGGUAUGGUAUACGUCUUUAUGAUGCCAAACUUGUUAAAUAUAUAUUCUCUAAGGAAGGAGAACAAAUUGACUUCUUUAAGACUUUUUUUUCAUGUAACUAUUAUUGUCAUUGGGAUUCUUAAUUUAUUGUCGCAAUUUAUAAUAAGCGACGAUUGAAGAGAUUUUUGUGUUUGUUUAUUCUUGUUUUUACUUAAAUGAUGGCUGCUUUUUGCGCGAGCAUUAUUUUUUAUACUGUUCUGAGAUUAAUAAAUUAUAUUUAUAAUUA